AUGAACAUGAGAGCUAAUUUCUACCAGGGAUAUUCAAACAAUAGCCAUUCUGAUAUCGCUAUAUUUAGCUUUGGAAAUUUAGGCACAUAUAAAGACUACACUCUUACAAAUACUGAUGAAACUUAUGCUCCAUACUCAUCUUCUAACUAUCCAUUCCUCAUUGAGCUGUCUUUCUACAAGAAUGUUUCUGUAGGAAUGGUGUGGGGCUGCAAUAUUAUAGUGAAACGAACUCAAAUUGGACUGAGUCAAACUGCAAGGUUGCAAACAUCAACAACGAAAAUCAAACAGUAA